GUAUCGAUAACCUCCAAAUGUCUGCAACAAGCGGGAUUACAGUCUCACCAGAGCUCGCCGCAACUUUCAGCGACGCGCUCACUUCGCAGUCUGUCCGCUUCCUCAAGGUAUCUAUUCACAACGAAUCUCUCGUUGCCGAUCAAUCCGUGGCUCCAUCAGGGUCGCUCAGUGAUGACCUCGACAAGCUGGGCGAUAUACUGGAAGACGACAUCCCAGCGUAUGUCCUGGUGAGACUCGAUAGUCCACCGACAGAAUGGAUGGCGAUAUCCUAUGUGCCAGACGGUGCCAAAGUCCGGGAUAAAAUGCUGUACGCGUCCACCCGUAAUAAUCUCACCAAAGCACUGGGAUCUGCACCCUUUACGGACCAGAUGUUCGCGACUUCCAAGGCAGACAUCACAGCCGAUGCUUACGCCAGACAUUGUGCCUCUCUUGUCGCCCCGAAACCCAUGACACCUAGAGAAAGAGAAAUGGAAGAGAUUAAGAUGGCGGAAACCCGCAGCGCAGCCUACGACGGUAGCAGAGCUCGCAAGAGUCAUGUAGGAGGUAAGAUCGGCUUCCAGUGGUCCGAAGAAAGCGAACAAGCUGUGUCGGAGCUCGAAAGAGGCUGUGAGGGAAAGCUUGUAGUACUGAGUAUCGACCCAACCAACGAAACUCUGGUUGUGUCCUUACAGGUAAACACCUCUGCGGACGAAAUUGGUUCCUCUUUGCCAACCUCGGACCCAGCAUACGCGUUUUACGCUUGGCCCCAAUCCAAACGUCGAGAAAUCGUCUUCAUCUACUCGUGUCCGUCGGGUUCCCCGAUCAAACUCCGCAUGCUCUAUUCAUCCGGUAUGCUACUUGUGUACCACAACGCCAAAAAUCUCCUGGCGCCAACUCUCGCGACUCUCGUCACCCGCAAGGUGGAGACGUCCGAUCCUAAGGAAGUGAGCGAGCUCUUCCUGAAAUCCGUUGUGGGUCCAGAGCUUGGCAAUGAUGACAAUGCAAGCGGGAGUGCUACGCCUGUGCAUGAUGACCAGAAAGGCUUUGCACGGCCGAAGGGUCCAGCGAGGAGACGGUGAGGGUAGGCUUUCGGAGAAAGAAUCGACAAAAAAGCGUGUAUAAUU